CGAGCUCCUACAUCAACAACAACACCGAUUAUUUGCAUUAUUCAACGAUCAAUUCUGCCACGACAUGAGACGAAGCAACGAUAUUUUGGUGAGGAUGAUGCAGAUUACUCCAUUCUUCUAUUCUGGAGACGAUAGUCGGCUGCGCUGACUGAAUGGCGUCAACUUUAUUGAUUCCGGUGGCACUGUAAGCAAUCGUCAAAUCCAAAACACCUGCCCAAUUGCCCUACUGCCCUGCAAGCCACAACCAGCCGGCUGUGCAAGAUGCGACUGCACUCUAAUAUAGAAGGAUUUUUCUGUACCACCACCUCCUGGCAACACCCAUUUCCUGUCUGCGCGGCAAAGAUAUAAAGGUAGGCGAAGGUCCUGGGAAUUAGAUCCUUUUCCUUUCGUCGCAUCAGCAUCCCAUUUAUACCUUAAUAUCUCUCUCCUUCCGUCUUUAUUCAAGCCGUACCUCGCAUAUUUCAACAACACUCUCUUGAAGAUCUCAAGUCAACAUGUAUUUCUCAACGGCUCACCUCGCCGCUGCCUCUGCUGCUCUCGCACAAGCUGCCAUCACCAUCCCCGUGCAAGUCGGCAAGGGUGGUGCCCUCACAUUCGUGCCCAACGACAUCAAAGCCAACGUCGGCGACUCUAUCGAGUUCUCUUUCUUCCCCAAAAACCACUCCGUAACCCAAUCCUCCUUCGCCGAUCCCUGCCAUCCUCUCGCAGGCGGUUUCUUCUCCACCUUCAUCCCCACAAACUCCUCCGAAUCCAGCGAGACCUUCACAAUCGUUGUCAACGACACCAAGCCGAUUUGGAUCUACUGCGCACAGACCGUUAAGUCCCAUUGCCAGUCGGGCAUGGUAGCUUCGAUCAACGCCCCAGCGACGGGCAACACGCUCGCAGCAUUCACAUUGAAAGCCAGCAACGCUACAGACUCCACCUCACCACCUAACACCGUACCGCUCGGAGGUAUCUUGGCAGUGAAAGGAAAAGGAACGGGUGUCACAACUAGCAUUGCAACCACUGUUACCACAACAGUGACGAGGGACGGAAGCACGUAUGCUACCACUUAUGCGACCGCUUAUGGAACUACAUAUACUACCGAUGCCACUCAGCAAGUUUCUACGUCCGGCGUGUCAGGAAGCUCGCCGACUAAGAGCUCCGGAGCCGGCUCCACGAGUGUGAGCACGACGGCCCAGCCGGGUGCUGCGACGGCACUGACUGCUAAUGGUGCCAUGGUCGGCGCGAUGAUGCUUGGCGCUCUGGCUAUGUUGUAGGUGUCUUGUAGGUUUUUACAUGGUAGGAGCUCGAUCUAGGCCGGGGUUUGACAUGAAGGCGCUAUAUUUUGUUUAGAUUGUGAACAUUAAGGUCGGAUAUCUAAUACACUCUGGUUUUUC